GGGAGAGGGGAUAUAGUGAAUGCGGGGUCCGGGGAGACCAGAUAUAGUGAAUGCGGGGUCCGGGGAGAGCGGAUAUAGUGAAUGCGGGGUCCGGGGAGAGGGGAUAUAGUGAAUGCGGGGUCCGGGGAGAGCGGAUAUAGUGAAUGCGGGGACCGCGGAGAGCAGGUAUAGUGAAUGCGGGGUCUGGGGAGAGCGGAUAUAGUGAAUGCGGGGUCCGGGGGAGAGCGGAUAUAGUGAAUGCGGGGUCCGGGGAGAGCGGCUAUAGUGAAUGCGGGGUCCGGGGAGAGCGGAUACAGUGAAUGCAGGGUCCAGGGAGAGCGGAUAUAGUGAAUGCAGGGAGAGCGGAUAUAGUGAAUGCGGGGUCCGGGGAGA